AUGGUCUCCCUUCCAACCCUAACAAUUCCAGGCUUCUAUGAGGACGACUCUAUUUUAAGGGGAGAAACUAAAGACCAGCCUCUUUUCCCAGGGGAAAGAGGCACGUCUUCAUCCCUCCUCUUCCGCGAGGCACGAAGCUCCCGAGCACCCCGGGGGAUCCCCGGCCGGGGCCGCCCCGCGUUCCCCCCCGCGCCGGGACCAACCUGUCCGGGCCCCGCUCGGCCGGGCGGGUCAGAGGCGGGCUCUCAGCUCGGCGGGGAGGCAGCGCCGCCCCUCGCGGUCUCCGCUCGGGCGCCCAUCGCCCCCCACCCCGCCGGCCCGGCCGCGGUUUCGGCCUCCGCCACCGCGGGGAAUUCCCGGGGCUCGGCGCCGCCCCCGCUGCCUCAGAGGAAGUCAACAAACGCCGCUCCCGGUCCCCGCCAACGGGAGCGCGCCGCUCCCGGAAGGAGAGAGGCGGUCCCGCCGCCUGACCGGGAAGGGAGGAGGGAGGGCGGACUGCAAAUCCCGGCGUGCAAGCGGCCCAGCCAAGCACCUCGGGAAGCGCGGCCGAGGGCUGGCUCCGCCCGGCCGUGGGUGGGGCCGCCGCCGCUCCCGAGCGGCCUGAAAGCUGCUGCGGGUCGGCCUUCCCACCUGGAACGGUCUCACAGAAUGACGGAAUUGUUACAGUUGGAAGGGACCUCAAGAGAUCAUCCAGGCCAAACCCCCUGCCAAGGCAGUGCCACCACGAACAGGUGCUACAUUAACGUGUCCAGACAGCAAAACAAGCAGUGCUCUGCAGCGCGGUGUUCUGGCCUGCACUUAGACCGUGUGACCACGAGAUGUCAUAGCCCAGCUGCGGCUGUGGAGCUCGGCUUCACCCCACAGACUGCCUUCAUUGCCCCUGUUCGCGAGGAGCAUCACACGCCACCCGCUCCCAGCAUUGUCUUCGGAAAAGUAUUCGUUUCCUAAUGGCAAGUAUUUCUGUCUUCAGCUGCCUUUAUCAUUUGCUCUCCAUUUGCUAACUCGGUAGUCAAAAUACUUUGUCUGUUCUGUGACAAACAUUCACUGGACUUCCUUCACAGCUGUACUGUUAUGCUUUUCUCCUUUAAGCAACUGCUUCCCCUAUUGUUGUAAGGCUGUAGUUUUGUGAGAGCAUAGCAAAAUAGGAAAUAAUAAAAAACCUCUUCACUUUCUCUAUGCCAGUCAAGACUUAGUAUACCUCCAUUUUAUGAUCUUGUCAGCCAUCCCUUAUCUAAAGUAAACCUUACAUCGCCGUACUUGAAAGGUAUUCUCUACCUCGAUUCCUUAUUACCUCUCUCUUUUUUGUUCUGUUGUGUACUUGUGGAACAAAAAGCAUGCAGCCUAUAAGAUCUGGGAGCUUUGUGAAUUCAUGUAGUAGCAUGGUGAUGUGUUCCUCUGUUCCAUCUUAAUAAUUCCAAAUACUUGAUUUCCUGUUUUGAUUGUUCCUGAACAUUGAACCAAUGUGUUCAUAGAGUUGUCAUAACUUCAAGGUCAUGUUUAUGUGUAAAUUUUUCAUCUUUUCAUGUUUAUAAGGGUAAUUUUUUUGUCACAUAUUAAUCACUUUUAAAUUUUAAUUAAAAUUUCAAUUGUAUUUCAUCUGCCAUUUUAUUGCCCAGUCAGGACUAGAAAGUUGUAUAAGAGUUUUUUGCUAUUUUUUGAUUGGUUUGUUGGUGUUGUUUUUCAGUUCCUUAUCUGCCUGCCUUUCCUCUUCCUGGAACAAGUUAGUAUCAAUAUUGGAGCAAGAUUCUCCUCGAUGUUUACUCACUUUUCCAGAUAAUUUAUGCACAUGUUGCACAAAAAAAGGUCAAGCAGAGACCAUUUUUGGAUUCCAUUAGUGAAAAGCCAUUACUGAGAAAACAGACCAAAUAUGCUUUUACCCAUUUCUCUCUUUUUUUUUUUUUUGUCAUUGGCUUAGUCAUCUGAGGAUCCAUAAACCAUGACAUUCUUGCAUGUUAUAAGAGUCUAUAGUGAGGAACUAAGUGCCUUUCAGAAAUUCAAGGUUGUAUUAACCUGAUUUCUUUGUCAAGAUACUUUCAGACUUCUUCAGGAAUUUUGAGUGGAAGUAAUAAUCUUUACAUCUAUAUUCAUUCACUGUGAUAAGAUCUGAUUCAGUACGCCCAUCAUCUGAAGGAUCUUUGAAAAGCAGUGUUUUUUCAAAGCAGUGAUUCAGCAGCAUUGCAUAGAUCCAUUUUCUCCAUACUAGUAUCAUCAUCCCAACACCGUAUGCUAAAACUCAUCUGGUAUAGCCUUUACAGUCUCAUUGUGGAUGUUUCCUCAGCCAUGGCAUUAUCUAUCCCAGUUACAUAACUUCAGUGUACAGAAAAAGCAAUGGAACAGGAAGAUUAUAUUUGAUGGAAAUUAUUUUGGAAGUAAAAAUUUCUGGUGUUUUGUUGUCUGGUUAGUGGUUGGUUUGGUUUUUUUGGAAUUGUGUUUGAUCCCUGUGCUCUGAAAGUGGGUUUUAUUCCUGGGUUUUGGGUGAAUAGCUCAACUUCUGAAAUCCUGAAGGCUCAUUUAGCAUUAACCUGUGUGUAUCAUUUCAUUUUCCCAAUGCUUUAAAAAUAUCAGACUUCAAAAAGAAAAUAUUCAUUACU